AUGGAUGACCUUGAUCAUGGCCUGGAUUCAGAGUCGUACGAUGGCAAUUACACUGACCAGGGAAUGGAUAAUGGUUAUACCGGCGAACUACACCACGACGACACCAUCCACAGAUUCCUGCGGCCUCUCAUGGUGUCCGACAGCACUCUCCAUGAACUCGCCUGUCGCUUCCGACAUAUAUACCGCCACCUUGCACUGACAUCAGACCAGCAAUUUCUACCCACCCCAGUAACGAGGUUACCGACUGGUCAGGAAACUGGGAAGUAUUUGGCGAUCGAUGUUGGGGGAACCAAUUUUAGAGUGGCAUUUAUUGAGCUACUGGGCGAGUCGAAGGAUAGUGACGUCACGAACUCCAAUUCUCCGACAUCACGCGAUACUAUGAAGAGAGCGCAGAGGCAGCGCGUGAAUCGGACGUUAGAAAAGAUAUGGGCCUAUAGGGGAACAUCUGAAGCAGGACAAAGCCGAAGAUUUGUUUUUGUGGAUUGGAGAUUGCAUAGCAGAAGUGGUAGCGGACAGCUUAGCCCCGAAUUUGGCCAAUGGGACCCCUAUCCCCGCAGAACUCGAAAUGGGAAUCACGUUCAGUUUUCCAAUGAUUCACUCUCUGAAGCGCGGCUUAUGCCAAUGGGAAAAGGUUUUGCUAUAACUUCAAAUCUUGAUUUAGGCGGUAUUUUGUUGGCAGGCUAUGACAGGCAUACGAGACGGCCGCUGGAAGAGGAAGAGCAGUCAGCGAAGCGACGGAAACGUUUUGCGUUGCCAAAACUAAAGAUCGCGGCAAUCACUAACGAUACAGUUGCUACAUUAGCAUCGCUGGCUUAUCUGGUGAAGUCCCUACCAAACAGCCGUGUUGCGAUGGGUAUAAUUGUCGGAACUGGUUGCAAUGCCACGAUCCCCAUGAGUUUGAAGGACCUGCACGAGUCUAAGGCAAGGCACGUUUCAUCGCGACAUCCGGACGCUGUGGAAACUAUAAUUAACACUGAAUGGACCAUUAACGGUGCUGCGCCCCCUCUCCGUGAGCUGAACAUCACCACGAAAUGGGAUACCAUAUUAGACGAGGCCUGUGCUAGACCUGGCUUCCAACCUUUCGAGUACAUGACUGGCGGCCGCUAUAUUGGCGAAUUGGUCCGGAUUAUAUUUUACGAUUACCUCACCAACUUUGUUGGGCUCUCAAAGAGGGAACUACCAGCGAACCUUAUCCAGGAAUAUGCCCUCACCACCACGUACCUAUCAUCAUCUGUUGCCCAAAUACAGUCCGACCUCGAGCUGGUCCGGUAUCUGACAGAGACCUUGCCUCCACCCGAAUCCAGCGAUUGGAGCUGGGAUCUCAAUUCCGCACGGGCAUUUAGGAAGGUCGCCCAGGCUGUCCAGACCAGGUCUGCAGGGUUAAUCGCUGCUGCUGUCAUUGGCCUGCUCGCAUGCAAGGGGGAACUCAAGCUCCGCGAUUACAACGACCCAACUCCGCGCCAACACCCAAACUUCAUGGCUUCAUCCGUUAAUAAUGGAGCCUCCCCAAAUGAUAUUGUACACGCAGUAAACUCUAAACUAGCUGCCCAUAGUGCUGCAGCUGCUGCUAAGGCUGGCAACGACGGCCACAUUGUUCCUAUCGUCGAGUCCGUGCCGUCUAACUGGCAAUCUGGGCCGGAGGAACUAGUUGUCGCAUAUACCGGUGGCAUUAUUCAGCGGUACCCGCGUUUCAAGGAGACGUGUCAGCAAUUCAUUGACAGGUUGGUGAUUUGGGAUGGACCGCAGGAGAGUGGCAAGUCGGUGUUUCUCCGGGAGGCGUCGGAUGGUGGCAUUAUUGGAGCUGGCGUCUUAGCUGGGAUGCUUGCCUCUGGAAACCGAUGA